GAUUCCCUGUAAUUCAAAUGCGUUUUAAACUAAUAAUGCAUGAUCGGCUUUUAUCUUCUCCAUACUAUCAGAGCAAGAAGCUCAAGGACACAAUUUAAAUCAAAAGUAAAACCAGUGUUUAGCUGUAACGGUGACUGUUUGGAGUUACGAUUUUGAAGUGCUUAUUUCACAUGGAAAGCAUGGAACAAGAGCCUCUUCUUGGAGUAAAAAAAUCAGGUCAAUCUCACAAUAAACAUCCUUACUCUAGAUCAUCAAUCAGCGACGAUUUUAAUGAAACCUCUGUGUACUCCUACUGUGGGAGUAAUUACAACAUCCCCAGACCAGAUAGACGCCAAGCACUAUGUGAUACUACAUCUACAAAUAACGAGGAGCCUCUGGCUCCACGAAAAAUUCAUCGUCCUUACUUUAUAUUCCUCGUAACAAUUGUAAAUGUGGCACUUCUUAUGUAUACCUGCAUUGCUGGAGGAGUCGAGAAAAUUGCUUUCAAGCCAGAGCUUCAAAAUACAUCAGUUAACAAAUUUGGAUAUAUAGGAUUAAAUGAUUCAGGGCAUAAACAACACAUUGCUCGAUACUGUGGGGUCAACUGGUUCAUUGGACCUAAUUCAUCUUUUCUGAUUCAGACAGGGGCUAAGUUUGGUCCGUGUAUGAAGAAGUUGGAGGUUGUAGAAAAAAGAAUUCAUAACAUAUCAAAAAAGGAAGCUGAUUAUGUCUGUUGUUCCUUUAAUGAGGAGUGUGGAAUGAUGAAAAAUACAAGUUGCCAAGGAAAAGUCAUUGAUUCUGGGAACUGUACAAGUCCAAAAAGUCCCUAUUGCAAACGUGGUGUUACGUUACGACCCUGCUGUCUUGGAGUUCAUUCUCAAUGUGAAGUUAUCUCUGAGCAGUAUUGUUCAUACAUGGGAGGUCAUUGGCACAAAAAUCAGACCCUCUGUACCCCGGUGAAUUGCCUUGAUGGGAUUUGUGGAAUGAGUGGUGUUAAGAACAAGGCUAGUGGAAAGCAGUGGUAUAGAUUGAUUACAGCAAUGUUUUUACACCUUGGAGUGAUUCAUCUGAUUACAAAUCUCAUCUUCCAGAUUCCUGUUGGAAUUUUGAUUGAAAGGGAGAUAGGCUCAAUUCGGAUGGCUUUGAUCUACCUGAUAAGUGGCAUCGGUGGGAAUUUAUUUUGUGGACUUUUUGAUCCUCUCACUCCACAGGCUGGUGCCUCGGGAGCUCUCUUCGGUAUCCUUGCCUUACUGAUAGUGAAAAUGGUGCAGUUUGGACGUGAAGUAAAGAGACCGUGUGUCGAAGCUCUUAUGAUACUGGGCGUGGCACUGAUCAGUUUUGCGUUAGGGACGUUACCAUACAUCGGAAACUUUGUACACAUUGGAGGGUUUGUGUUUGGUGUUUUUGCAUCGUUGGUGUUCCUUCCACGAUCAAACUUUCGUCGAAUCCAGACCAUGGCUCUUUAUACCUGUUUCAAAGGAGUUUUUGCGUUUCUUCUUGCUGUGCUGACUUUUGCCUUUUGUUUUUUGUUUACCUUUGAUAAAACUUCCAAUUUCUGCUCAUGGUGUCAAUACCUCGACUGUGUGCCGUAUACGGAACAUUUUUGUCCAAACAUGAAUUCAGAUGGGUAUGGAAACACCGGUGGAUAGAAUUCACUUGCGACUUGAUGAAAACAAUGAGAUGGGAGGAGAGAUGAAAUAGAUCUUAGAACUUCAUGUUGAUGUGAUCGUACGAGUUCUCCUGAAUUCUCAACACUGAAGUAGCUAGUAUUUUAGAAGACAGUUGACUAUAGUCCACCUGAGGAAGCAAGAAUUGGGUGGGGGGGUAAGCCCUAGAGUGCCUCACCCCUUCCCCUGUCCUUUUACUUAGAUAAAAUAAACCUAUUUGGUAAAUACUAGCUGCCACUAAGAUGUUAGUGAUGGAAGCCAUUGCACGAAUGCCCUAUCUCCGAUCCCUCGCCCCCUUUAACCCCUCUACCCUAAAGCUCUGUGGAAGAAGAAGAAGACGCGGGGCCCGAGAAGAUAGACAACGGAUGGGUUCUGGGCUGCACUAACACUAGAUCGCCGGCCUUUGGGCGGAGGAUACAAAAAAAAAAAAAAAA